UGGCGUCCACAGCAAGAUUAAUUUUUAGUCUUUAAGCUUUAAUUGUUCACAGACUAUAACGUUUAUUCUUACUUAGAUAAGAAUGUGUUUGUUUACUUUUUAAUAAGUACAAGCAAGUUAAUAUGACAAAGGUGCCAUCUCUCGGUGUUUGCUUUAGCUACCACAACAACAACCAAGAGGCGUAACAGAACGAGAGGGUAAACUACCACUGACUUCCGUGUUUGCUAAAAGAAAAAAAAGGAAAGUCACGUUAUGACUUACACGUGUUUUCAAAAAUUUUAAUUAAUUAUCUAUUUUGAGAUUAAACUAUUUAAAUGCGCGAUAUACACUCCUAACGUAGUUCAUUACAAAUUGUUUUCCCAGUUAACUUUUAAGUAUUUUCUUCAACGCAUGCGCAUUUCUACUUUUUUGUCUUCUUUACAAGUUAGCUCGCUAACUCUGUUUUUGACAUUGUGCCAGUGACCGUGGUAAAUGGCAUUUAAAAAAAACAAUCUUAUUUUUGAAUUCCUUUUUCAUCGCUACACACAGACGUGUGUAUGAGCUACAUAUUUCUGCUUCUUUUGCUUCCCGUAUCAUAUUCAACCUGCUUCCUGUAUUCUCUUUGCCACAACCUACAACAGAUUGUACACAAUCAUCAUGGCGACGCAGGAUGGAAGUGAAGAAGUCAUAAUCGAAAGUGAGACAAAGCCAAAAGAAACCGAACCACUUGGGGAUGAUGUUGAAAAAAGUGACAAAGAGACUACGUCACAAACAGAAGCAGGAAAUGCCACAACUCAGGAUUCUAGUUUUAGCAACGGGGACGAUGCUGAUGAAAACCUGGAAACGGUGGACUUGAAGAUUAUCUGGAACAAAAACAAAUACGACCUGAAGAUUCCUCUCGACAGCACCGGAGCCAAACUAAAAGAGAGAAUCCACUCACUCACUGGUCUUCCACCUGCCAUGCAGAAAGUGAUGUAUAAAGGAUUGCUUCCAGAGGACAAGACGCUACGUGAAAUAAGGGUUACAACUGGUGCAAAAAUAAUGGUGGUAGGAUCGACAAUAAAUGAUGUAUUAGCUGUUAAUACGCCAAAAGAAGUCAUUCAGCAGGAAGAACGAUUACCAACAGUGCCUUUAGCCGGAAUGUUUAAUAAGUCUGGAGGAAAAGUUAGACUCACAUUCAAACUGGAGCAAGAUCAGUUGUGGAUCGGAACAAAAGAGAGAACGGAGAAAGUUCCAAUGGGCUCGAUUAAGAACGUAUUGUCUGAACCUAUCGAAGACCAUGAGGACUAUCACAUGAUGGCUUUUCAGUUGGGUCCAACGGAAGCUUCUCAGUAUUGGGUCUACUGGGUGCCUGCACAGUUUGUCGAUGCAAUCAAAGAUACAGUCCUUGGAAAAUGGCAGUAUUUUUAAUGUGCCUCUUUUUUUGACAAUGAUGAACUGGGAUUGAGAGAAGGAGCCAACGAAACAAUGAGACUUAAAAGAAACUCUUGGAUUAUAUUUGAAGGAAACUGACGGAUACCUGUGGACUAAUAAUCAUACUGCUUUUAGGUUUCAAGUGCACUAUGUGGCCGCAUAACAUAUCUCAGCCCGGUUGAUCAUUCGAGGUUUUCACAAAAUCCAAGGGAAGACAAUUUAAAAAUGUACAGAAAUUGCUAACAAUUUUCUUCAGUUAUUCUUAAAGAAAUAAAAUUAUUUAAUGAAAUUUAAAAAGGGCCAUUGUUCUUUAUCCUAUCAGUCCUUUUUUAUUAUUUCACAGAAAAUAUAGCAAAUAGGAAUUUUUUUUAUACACAAUGUAGAUUUGAUUCAGAUCUCACACUUUACUUUGAUCAAACUUUGUUUUUUUAGGCUUUCAUCCCUAUUUGACUAAAAAAAGAGAAAUGGACCCCACAAAUGACAUCUUCCUUUUGCGACUCCUGCACAUUAGCCCUGUUUUUAUGUGAGGGUUUUCCUCGGGUCGAGAAAAGAGGGGGAAGCUUGAUUCAAUCAAGCUUCAGCAAAAUGUCACACAGCGAAAGGAGGAAAUUAAGUUAAAUUCCCAAACCUCAUUAAACGAUUAUUCCCAACUAAUAUAUUAGUCUGCUGGUUGCCAAGCUGAGUUCUAGAAAUGCUUGUUAUAACUUAAUUUACCAGAAUUUCAGGCAAAAACUGCAGUACAUGGGAUGUUUGUUAUAUGCUUUAAAACUAGCUUUUAAUUUGAAUAGCAUCUAUUCAUAUUUUGCCAAUUCAUCUCUUAAGUAAGUGGAUGUUCAUUAUUCUCAUUCUGUUUUAACUGCUUUCCCCUAUUAUGUAAGGAGGAUGUCCUUUCCUGCUGUUACUCUAGCUAAAACAAUACAAGAAUUAGUAGCCACUUCCAAUUCUUCCCUUUAGAACACCAUUUGGCCCCGCUUCUCAUUCUGCAGGCAGCUUACCCCAUUUCUGAUGGAGAUAGAACUUUUCAUCGAGUCAUGCAAACUCCUUAUCUGAAGAAUAAGAUGACCCAUACCCUUUAAUCUCAUCAAAGCAGAGGGUAUCUGGACAAGGCAACGAUCUCUCCCAGUUUCUGAUAAAAACUUUACCUUCUGCCAAAUAAACUGACAUAAAGA